AUGGUUUCCUCCGUCCUUCUCUUUGCCUCGAUUGGCCUGGCUACUUUGGCUGCUGGUCAAUGCCCUUAUGCUGACCCGGCCAGUCUAGCAGCCAGAGGCGACGACGGCUCUCGUGACCAUGUGACCGAAUUUGAGGUCGAUGAUAGCGAGGGAUACCUCAGCUCUGAUGUUGGCGGUCCAAUCGAGGAUCAGGAAAGCCUCAAAGCCGGAGAACGAGGACCUACCCUGCUGGAAGACUUCAUUUUCCGCCAGAAGAUCACCCACUUUGACCAUGAGCGGGUUCCCGAGCGAGCUGUUCAUGCCCGUGGUGCUGGUGCAUAUGGAACCUUUACGAGCUACGGCGACUAUAGCAACAUUACCGCGGCCUCGUUCCUUAGCUCCAAGGGCAAGACUACUCCCACAUUUGUGCGGUUCUCAACUGUGGCCGGAUCGAGGGGUAGCGCCGACACGGCGCGCGAUGUCCAUGGUUUCGCGACCCGGUUCUACACUGAUGAGGGCAACUUUGACAUUGUUGGAAACAACAUUCCUGUCUUCUUCAUCCAGGAUGCUAUCCAAUUCCCUGACCUGAUUCACUCCGUCAAACCGUCUCCUAAUAAUGAGAUUCCCCAAGCUGCCACCGCCCAUGACUCGGCGUGGGACUUUUUCAGCCAGCAGACCACAACUCUACAUACCCUGUUCUGGGCCAUGGCUGGUAACGGCAUCCCUCGAAGCUUCCGACACAUGGACGGCUUUGGUGUACAUACCUUCCGCCUGGUGACUGAUGAGGGUGACACCAAGUUCGUCAAGUGGCACUGGAAGACCAGGCAAGGCAAAGCCAGCUUGGUGUGGGAUGAAGCGCAGCACAUUGCUGGCAAAAACGCCGACUACCACCGCUCCGACCUUUGGAAUGCCAUCGAGUCUGGACACGGCCCCGAGUGGGAGCUUUCUGCCCAGAUCUUUGACGAAGAUCAGGCUCUCUCCUUUGGAUUCGAUGUCCUAGACGCCACAAAGAUCAUCCCCGAGGAGUUUGUUCCUCUGCAGCCAAUUGGUCUCAUGAAGCUGGAUGCGAAUCCUGUCAACUACUUUGCCGAGACCGAGCAAAUCAUGUUCCAACCUGGCCACAUUGUCCGCGGCAUCGACUUUACCGAAGACCCGUUGUUGCAAGGUCGCAUCUUCUCCUAUCUCGACACUCAGCUUAACCGUCAUGGCGGCCCCAACUUCGAGCAGCUCCCUGUCAACCGACCGGUCGUUCCCAUCCACAACAACAACCGAGACGGAGCUGCCCAGAACUUUAUCCACAAGAACACCGCGCCGUAUUCCCCCAACACCCUCAAUAAGGGUUUCCCCGCUCAAGCCAAUCAGACACAGGGCAAGGGAUUCUUCACUGCCCCUAAUCGAAGAGUCUCGGGCAAUCUCCUGCGUGCCAGGUCUUCCACCUUUUCCGAUCACUGGAGCCAGCCCCGUCUGUUUUACAACUCCCUCACCAAGGCGGAGCAACAGUUUCUCAUUAACGCGAUCCGCUUCGAGACUAGCCAUCUGCUGUCUGAGGAUGUCAAGAAGAACGUCCUCACGCAACUGAAUAAGAUUAGCCACGACAUUGCAUUGAGGGUAAGCAAGGCUCUGGGAAUUGAAGCCCCUGCCGCUGACUCGACCUACUACCACGACAACACCACAACUGGUGUCUCCAUCUUUGGGACCAAGCUGCCGACUAUUGCGACUCUGACGGUCGGCAUCCUUGCCUCGACCGAUUCGGACAAGUCGAUUCAGCAGGCCAAGUCCCUUAAGACAUCCCUCGAGGCCUUGGACUUGGUUGUCACAAUUGUGGGACAGGUCCUCACAGACGAUGUCGGUGCCACCUACUCUGCUGCCGAGGCCGUUGGAUUCGAUGCCAUCGUCGUCGUCGCAGGCGCGGAGGGAGUCUUUACGACGAAGUCGACCUUGUAUCCUCUCGGCAGGCCCACCCAGAUCGUCACGGAUGGUUACAACUGGGGCAAACCUGUGGGAUUCCUUGGGAGUGCCCAAUCUGUGGCCCAGAUCGCCAGUGUUAACAAAGGUGAUGGUGUUUACUUUGAGACCAAUGUGGGUGCGAUUGUGGAUGACCUCAAGGACGGCUUGGCAACGUUUAAGUUUACGGACAGAUUCCCCCUGGAUAAGCAAAUUAGUUGA